AAUUUUUUCUUUUUUAAAAUUUAGAAAAAAAAAUUAAAAAACAGAGGAGGAAAAAAGAGUGGGGGAUCUCUUGGGUUGGGAUUCAGAUACCGUGAUGGCGAUCUCGCGGAACGAGAGCUUCUUGGAGCUCGGUUGAGAGAGCUCGGGGAGAUGUCGACUUGGGUUUGGAGUACAGGAGGAUGUGAGAGAUCUGAAUGCUCUUCAGUUUGAGCUUGAUUUUGUUUUGUUUGGUGGUGAUUUGGGGGUUUUUUUAGCUGGAAUUCUUGAUGCUGGAGUUUUGAUUUGAUGAUGAAGCCUUCUACAGCUGGUUCUGGCCAGCAGCAGUCGCAAGAAGGGGUGGAGAAGAGGUGCUUGAAUUCGGAGCUUUGGCAUGCUUGUGCUGGGCCUCUGGUGUGCUUGCCGAAUGUCGGCACUCGGGUUGUGUAUUUCCCUCAGGGUCAUAGUGAGCAGGUUGCUGCUUCGACGAACAAGGAGGUUGAGGGUCACAUUCCCAACUAUCCGAGCUUGCCUCCUCAGCUGAUUUGCCAGCUCCACAAUGUCACUAUGCAUGCGGAUGUGGAGACUGAUGAAGUCUACGCUCAGAUGACUCUGCAGCCUCUGAGCCCUCAAGAGCAGAAGGAUAGUUACCUUCCGGUGGAUAUGGGUCUUCCGAGCAAGCAGCCAAUGAAUUAUUUCUGCAAGACUCUGACAGCAAGUGACACUAGUACGCACGGAGGGUUUUCUGUUCCCCGUCGUGCAGCUGAGAAAGUGUUUCCUCCACUGGAUUUCACUCAGACGCCUCCUGCGCAGGAGCUUAUUGCUCGGGACCUUCAUGAUGUUGAAUGGAAGUUUAGGCAUAUCUUUCGAGGUCAGCCUAAAAGGCAUCUUCUCACCACAGGGUGGAGUGUCUUUGUCAGUGCUAAGAGACUUGUUGCUGGUGAUUCAGUUCUUUUUAUUUGGAAUGAAAAGAAUCAGCUUCUUCUGGGAAUUAGACGUGCUAGCCGCCCUCAAACUGUGAUGCCUUCUUCGGUUCUAUCAAGUGAUAGCAUGCAUAUAGGACUUCUAGCUGCAGCUGCUCAUGCUGCUGCUACAAAUAGCCGGUUCACCAUCUUUUAUAAUCCAAGGGCAAGCCCAUCUGAGUUUGUGAUUCCUCUUUCAAAGUAUGUUAAGGCCGUCUUUCACACUCGUGUAUCAGUUGGCAUGCGUUUCCGUAUGCUUUUUGAGACCGAGGAGUCGAGUGUGCGCAGGUACAUGGGGACUAUAACAGGCUUAAGUGAUUUAGAUCCUGUUCGUUGGCCAAAUUCUCAUUGGAGGUCAGUUAAGGUUGGCUGGGAUGAAUCAACAGCAGGGGAAAGGCAACCUAGAGUUUCAUUGUGGGAGAUUGAGCCUUUGACGACAUUUCCCAUGUAUCCAUCAUUAUUCCCUCUCAGGCUUAAGCGACCAUGGCAUCCUGCAGUUCCCUCUUACUUGGACAACAAAGAUGAUGAGAAUGCUUACAUGUGGCUGCGGAGCGAUGCUGGAGAGCAAGGGUUUCAGUCUCUGAAUUUUCAGUCAUUUGGCAUGGCCUCUUGGGUUCAACCAAGGCUUGACCCUGUACUUUUUGGAAAUGAGCGUGAUCAGUACCAAGCAAUGACUGCUGCAGCCUUGCAGGAUAUGAAAGGAGGGAAUUAUCUGAAGGAGCAAUAUCUGAACUUCCAGCAGCCUUUCCAAAUUCCACAGCAGGCCUGCAGAAGCACCCAAUUUUUGCAGCAGCAUAUUGUUCCACAAACUCAGGCUCAGCAGAUUGUGAAUUCUCAGGCACAGUGCAUACCAGAAAAUCAGUCUCAUUAUGUUCCACAUCAGCAAUUGCAUGUGCCAUCUGAUGGGCAACAAAACCCACAGGUUCCAUCACUGCAAUGUUAUGCAGAAUCAUUUGAGAAUGCCAACAAUCACAUGAUGCAGCAGCAAGCACCUUUGCUGUCUUCAUUGGGCCAGAAAAUAACAUUUCCUGAUACACUGGCUAACUUCUCAACUAAUUUAGCACCCACAUCUCUUCAGAAUAUGAUAGAAUCUGCUUCCACUCAAGGAAGUGCAAAUCUUCUGAAUUUUUCUAGAGUUGGUCAGCCCAUGAUGAGUGACCAACGCCUGCAACCAUGGGAUGCAAAGUACACACUAUCUCAUAUCGCUCACCUUGGCAGUGCCAACUUGCUACCACCAUUUCCUGGUAAAGAUGGUUCUGUGGAACCUGAAAAUUGUACGGCAGACUCACAGAAUCACACCUUAUUUGGUGUUAGCAUAGAUUCAUCCUCUCUCCUCUCCAAUGCGGUUCCUAGUCUAAAUAGUGCUAAUGCUGUAGAUGAUGUUUCUCCAGCGCCAUACAGUGCUUCUUGUGUUCAGAAUUCUCUAUAUGGUUGCUUGGAUGAGUCAUCUGGUAUGCUGCAAAACACUGGAGAGGCUGAUCAGCAAACCAAAACAUUUGUGAAGGUUUACAAAUCAGGAUCAGUUGGGAGGUCACUGGACAUCACCCGAUUCAGCAAUUACGAAGAACUUCGUGAAGAGCUGGGUCAGAUGUUUGGUAUUGAGGGUGAAUUGGAAGACCCUCUAAGAUCAGGCUGGCAGCUUGUAUUUGUUGACAGGGAGAAUGAUGUUCUUCUCCUUGGCGACGACCCAUGGGAGGCAUUCCUGAACAAUGUGUGGUGUAUUAAGAUACUUUCCCCCGAGGAUGUGCUAAAAAUGGGGAAGCAGGGAGUAAAAUCUUUCUGUUGAUGAGUUUGAAACCAAAAAGGCUGGAAAAAGACUUACCUUGUGACCUCAAGAAUGCCAAGAAUGCCCCCAUGGUGAUGACCAUCGUAUCAGUUUUUACCGGUGAAUCUCAGCAGUUGAAUCUGCAAAUUCACUUAGACACUCAUGAGAAGUAAAAUAACUUUUGUCAGUUGUUACUUUGUUUUGAAUGUUAUCUGACUAUCUGCAGGAUUUGCGUCUAAAUUAACUGUUGGACUCGAUGCUAAGUGCUCUCAGUUAGUGAAGCACCUAUCAAAUAUGUAUGGCUGUUAGGACCUUAAUACUUAAGUUAUUAUGAUUAUUUUGCAUUGUAGACCCA